UGUCUUUACUCUUACAUAUGUGCUUGUAUGUGUCUGGCCGUAUGUGGCGUUGGUGGACGAGAUUUUGACAUUAUUACUUUAAGACGACAUAAAGGUAGUUUCCGCGUCACCUAUUUAUCAGUAACCCAUUUAUGUAGAUUCUAUACGUUCGGUCGCCAUUGCCAUCGAUUCGAUAUUAAUUUGCCAUUGAAAAGCAGAACUGGUACUGGAUUAAAAUGUGGUUUUUUUUCUUGUGUCUCGUUAUUUUUUAUAAAAAUUGUCCAUUAUAUUGUAUAAUGUACAAGUUCACAUAAUAGCUAAGUGCACAAAUGUCCGCAUAUUGACAAACUUUAUACGUACAUAUGACUUAUGUAUAGCAAAUUGUAAGUUCCAGCGCGACAUGGAAGAAAAAUGUAUAACAUUUCUGAAACAGCGGCAAAAUGCUAAUCAAGAAGUAUAAAAGAUCACCGGAGUGCCAAGAUUGAUCAUAGUAAGAUUUCUAGCUUCGAGCUGUUAAGAAAGUUCAUUUGAACCAACAAUCACAAAACCCAAUAAAAAAAGCAACAUGAAGUUCGCCGUUUCCAUAGUCUUGUUCGCUUUGGCCCUUGGCGCUGCCCACUGUUCGGUCAUACCAUUCAUUAGCUCAAUCAAUGGCGCCGUUUUAGCCUCACCAGUUGGUUCCGUUGCCGUACAUGCUGCCGCCGUGCCAACAGUUUUAGCUGCCCCAUCACCAGUACAGAUCAUCACCAGUCCUGUUGUGGCUGCUCCCGCUGUUGUAGCUGCCCCCGCUGUGGUAGCCGCUGAAGGUACCUAUGUGGCCAAGACCCGUGGCGCUAUACAUGUGGCACCACUGCCCGGUCACCUACAAUCGGCAGCAUCGGUGAACUUGCAACCAGCUCCAGGCACUAUCUAAAUAAUUAUUUAACCGAUAGUUAUGAGUAAAAUUGCGUUUCGAAUGGGAAUAUACGCACCUAUUUUAUACACUAUAAAUACACAUACAUCCACAAUCUGGCCAUAGUCAAUUUAACUGGUAUACCUGCAACAUGUUUACAAAUACAUACACAUAUGUACAUACAAUGAAAUGAUAAAAAACGAAAUAGUUUUAGUUUAAUUAAACACUUUGGAAAACAAAAUUGACGCAUUUAUUUUUAUUUCUUUCUAUCUCACUUGCAACUCUAUACCUCUUUAAUUGCACUUUCUAUUUUACUAAUAAUUAAAAUUUCUUUUUACCAUAAAUGCACUGUGAUAUUGCAUAAUUAUCUAAGUCAAAUGCUCAUUGCAUAAUCUUGCUUGUCACUGCCACUUUUAUUAUUUCUUAUUCAACACUUCUUUCCUAAACUAUUACUGUCAAUUGGAAUUGUUAUCAAAAUAAAUUUAUACAUAUAGUUUUUUGAAAAAAUAUA